GGUAUACAUGGGCUAGACGUAUACCGGUAAAGCGCCUAGUAUAAGGCAAUCUUUAAGAUUAGGAAAGGUGGUGGGAGAAACUCUUAACAUAGUAUGAGAAGACCGCAUGGUUUGCUUGUAUUCCUUUUAGCUACACAGCAGCCAGGUUAAGGUUUUCCAUUCACUGUAGAGCGAAUACGCAAGGGAACUUGGGCAGGCUUUCUCGAGGCAACCUGCCCUUGUUUGUUGAAGCACCAUGGGGUGCUUCAACUCCAAGGAGGCUGUCUAUGACGCUAGGGGUGGGCAGGCCCAAGCAGGAGGCAAGCUCCAGCACGGCCAGGGCAAUCACCACUUGGGCUCGACGUCUGGUCAGCAGCCGCCAGCGUAUCUAUUGGAGGCAGGUCCGCAAAGCAUACUACUAGGAGCGUCUGGCCAGAUUACACCGUCGGGCAAUUCUGCGGUUGGCAAGUAUGCUGUACCAAAUUCAUCUCGGAACAGCGCGACGGCCAUGGUCCCCAGUGCAUCUUUUAUCGCCCUGGGAGCCGCUGGAGGCUCCUUAAGCGGCGUCAGUCGCAGAACACCGGCUGGCAAGGGAGCGCACGUGUCAGCCGACCUGAACGCAAUUGUUGACGACCAAGGAACCAUUAACGCACUGGUUAGCCGUCAACUUUCAGUGAUGAGCCAUUACAGUGUGAAGAGUGAGGCGGGCAGCGUGAUUCUCCAACCGGAGUUAGCUCAGGGACCAAACGCGCUAGGCUUCACCCUCCAUAAGCUAAUCGGACGUGGUGGCUUUGGCAACGUGUAUCUCGGUGAUUGGGAGGGACGCAAGGUGGCAGUCAAAGUAGUGACCGGUAACAACAACGAGGCACAGUCAGACCAGCCUGAGGAUAAGGAGUGGGAGGCCCGCAAGGAAAAGAUGGCGCAGAUGGAGGCGAUUCUCAUGGCCUCAGUCAAUCACCCGAACAUUGUGCACACGCUGAAGGUGAUAGCCCACCAGGGAGACGCCAUGGAUCCGGAGCUUGCAGCCAUUGAGAGGGAGCUCUUUACGGAGCGAGAAGAGCACCACCCGCCUUCGUUCGAAUGGCACAUCAUCAUGGAGUACUGCGAUCGGGGUUCCUUUUCGCGAGCACUAGCCUCCAUGCGGUUUCACGAGUUUGUGGAGACUGCUGGGUACGUGCGGUGGGACGCGUGGGCGUGUCUGCAGACGCUCAAGGAGGUCACCAAGGCGCUCAUCUUCCUGCAUGAGAACCGCAUCCUGCACGGCGACCUAAAGGCCGCCAACGUGCUGCUGAGCAGCAGCGACUUGGACCGGCGCGGCUUCGUGGCCAAGGUGUCGGACUUUGGGCUCAGUCGAGUGCUGGCGGGCAACCGGAAGGAGAUCAAGACACAGACCUUUGGCACGGUGACCCACAUGCCUCCGGAGCUCCUGUCCAAGGGCAUCCUCAGCCCAUCGGCAGACGUGUACGCCAUGGGUGUGCUGCUGUGGGAGGCCUACAGCGGCGACCGCGUGUUCAAGCAGCUGAGUGACAGCGAGGUCAUCCUGGCGGUGGUGACCCGCAAGGCGAGGCCGCAGUUCCCACCCGACACGCCACACCGCUUCAAGUACCUGGCUGAGCGCUGCUGGGCGGAGCUGCCGGAGGUGCGUCCCUCGUUGCAGCAGCUGUACAACGAACUGGAGAACCUGCAGGCGCAGCUGUGUCCCCAGGGCUCCGAGUCCCCCCGGCUGCUGGUGCAGUCCUGCAUAAAGCAGAAGCGCAGCGUGUCCUCCGUGCCGCCGGUGCAGGUGGCGGGCGCCAAGGGACCGGGGCAGCAGAGCCGGCUUGCACAGGGCAUGAGCACCGACGGUACGGCCAAGGCGGGAUCCACUGCAACCGCUCCGAUCAAGGCAGGAGGCUACACGUCCUCGCCGGGGGGACCAGGGCGCGAGUAUAACAGCGGUGGGGGCCACGUGUACGUCAAUUCACCACUAGGCGGCCCCGCUGGCGUGGGCAGCCAUGGCCCCUCGCAAGCCGACAAGCUCAAGACAUUUGCGGCGCUCAACCGAACGCAGCAGAGCGCCAAGAAGAGCAGCGAGUUCGGGAACGGCCCCGUAAGCAGCAGCAACAUCGUGAACCCGAGCGCCGGCAGCGGCAGCGGCGGCGGCAGUUUGCUGGGAAGCAGCGGCGCGCGGCAUGCGGGGUUGCAUGCGGCGGUGGGGGUGCGCGGCCUGAUGAAGGUGCCUUCCUUGCACAAGGCGCGAGAGUCCGAGCUCAGCGUAUCGCACUCCGCCGCCUCCUCGCCCACCCUCAUCUCGCCCUACGCCGCCAAAGCCGCCAGCUCCGGCCCCCUCUCGCCCCUCAAAAACAGCAGCGCCCUGGGCCAAUCACACCCCAUCAGCCACCUAGGCAGCUCGCAUGUCGUGUCCGCCGGCUUCCCGCCAGCUCCCGCCAACCGGACCGUUUCGGCCGCCACGGUGGGCGGCGUCCCGUCAAGCGUGAUCUCUGCCGGCGGUGCUGUCAGCGGCGGCGGCGGUGUUGGCUACACAAGCUCCCCCAUUCAUAACCAUUACCACCAGCUUCAAGCCCAGACCAGUGGGCUCAACGGAGCGUCAUCAGGAGCAGGGGGAGUUGGUGUUUCAUCUGGGUCGCUGCCGCCCCUCAGCGCGAGCCUCAACCCCGCUGGAAACAGCGGCGGGAUGCAGCCGGGAAGCCCCAAGUCGACAUCGGGAAACGCUGCUCACGGCACGCCAGGUGCUAGCCCCGACUCCCCGCCGGUUGUGCCCAACGAAUACCUGGGCCGUGCCCGCACUGCCUCGGCCACAGGCAUCAGCCGACCCAGCCGCUUCGGACAUGAGGAGGCUGUCGCACGGCAGGCGUCCACGGGCAGUGUGCCAGCGCCCUAGGAAGAAGGGCGGCUUUGGAAAGGUGGGUUGCUGCGGCCAUGAUCCGUGGCACCUUGCAACCCGUGCUGAAGAGCUGACAGCGGUGCCGUAGCUCGUGGAUGUGGUCGGUCUUCGGCAACGCUCCUGUCCGUACAGUUGGGUGUGCACGAGGGAGGGCGAUGCGGAGGACGCUUAAGGCCGAGGGUGAUGCGUUGUGAAGGCGGAGGCGGCGACAGAUGCCUGGGGCUGGGGUAAGCUGACGUGCCAUGAAUCUAUGAAACUAAGUAGAACCAAAGGCAACUGAUGGUUUUAACAGCCCGAGGGCUGCGAUGAGGAGGGAUAAAUUAGGUGGGUAGCUAUAGCAGCGACCAUGUAUGCAGGCAUGCACGUGUUCCGUGCCCUUGGCUGCUUGAGCAUACACAUGUGCUAGCAGAGCAGCAACGCCUCUGGUGCAAGCGUGCGUGCAUGCAAGGAUGCUGCGUCGCAUUGGAGGGGUUCCGCGAAAGGAGACUGUGUGCAGGACGGGUUUGGGAGUCGUUGCACAUAGCCGCUGGUCUCUGUUUAGGUGGAUGGCUGGAGGUAUGCUGGGUGACAAGCUGGGUAUGGCGACGCUGCUGCUGUGCCCCGCGCAAAUCGCCGUAAAUACGUAGAAGUGUCAUGCCCCUCACCCUUCCCGCUGUACCCAGUCGCGUCUCAUGGCUGGAUUGGGGAUGGUGGGGUUAAUGGUCAUGUGUAUUGUAGUUUACUGGGUCUCUUUUCAGGGGACACCCUCGUGCUCUUGCGAUCCACCAACCGCCCAAGGGUUUCCUCGGAGCAUUUGAAGCUGAACUUGUGAACUUUGUGCGCUUUUGCUUGCACGGGUGAGUGGGGGCCCUUCAUUCAGCAUGUGCAGAGUAUUGGGGCCUGCGCUUUGAGGUGUACGGGAGCGCAUCCGGGCAAACAGUACUGCAGACUACACAAUACUGCGGACUGUACCUUUAAAAAGAUUUUGGUGGUGGUGAGGCUGCUGUUUUGGCAAUCUUGCGACCAGGAUUGGGUUUCGGUUUCAACGGAGGAGGGCUCCUCGGUAACCACGGGAGGUCGGAAUAUUACUUCGGUCGUUGGCUUUGACGUGACUCAGCUGCGAAUGCUUCUGGUGGCUGUAGGGCUUUUUGAAGAGAAACGUGCGCGCACGAGUGCCGGUGAACAAACACAUGUUGUGAUGACAUGCAUGCGUUUUGUGGUGGCGUAUCUGAACUUACUCUUUCUGGAGCGAACCCUGUGUAAGGGCAUUCCCCGUGCAUGGGGUGGAUACAAGUCGUGUCCGGGUGCCGGGUUGGGAGGCCAGUGCAAUGCAUGGCUUGCCUCGGCGCUACGACAAAACCCUUUGACCUAAAUAUUUACGACGGCACGAAACCAGUUGGACAAGCUGACGGCAUUUUGGUCCGUAUGGUCCCUGGAUGCUGGGGUCUGUGUAGAAGGGGUGUUGGCGGGUGGGGUGUUGGUGGUUCACGUUGGGGGACAAUGCAGGGAAGGCCUGGGUGAGCAUGGUAUUUCGUACCCCACUUUGAGCCCGUUCUCGGUCGAUGCAAUGGUCAUUUUUAGAUGCAGUAACGUCGGGUCAACUCGGAGGCAGUUUGUAGGGAUUGUGGAGCGCUCGGGUCGUACCCUGUUGCGUACCCACGUAAGUGUUUUUCUCUGUGCGACCUACGUGUCACUGGUGCGUCCCGACCUGAUUUGGGAUGAGGUCGCGACCUCUUUUGCUGUUAGCGGCUGCCCAUUAUAUGCCAACGCAGGAGUGGUUGUCCGUCAUGUGUUUGUGCGUGUCUGCGUUUUGUUUUUUCGUCUUCUUGGACCGAUGGGCUGACAUGUCGCCCCUAUCUGGUGGCACUGUUGUGGCAUCUGAAGGGACAUCCUGGUCAAACAGUAUUUACACGUUUCACUUUUUUAACGGAUGAGUCUAUUAGGAGGGUAGGCGUUGGCAGAGGUUUGAAAGGCUGGGGUGCACUUGGCUUUGGGUGAAAGAGGUUCCAGAACAGCACACGGUCGGCAUGUUCGAGCGGACAUCAAAGGCCGGGCCUUGCAAUCCCACAUGACCGGGUGGCGCUCUGCGCUCUUGUUCGCGUUUUCCAAACGGGACUGUUUAGUUGGGUGUGUUCCAUGAAGGGGGUUUGCUGUCUUGGGGUAUUAAUCGGAUCGCUUGGUUGGGAUAGGAAGGAAGGGGGUGGGCGAGAUUGGCUUCGGGGCUGCAAUCCGGUGUGUAGGGGGCGGCCUGCGGCUUAGCCUUUCGGAGCCGCCCCUCAUGUAUAUGUGGCGCUAAUGGAUAUCUAAGCUUGUACGUACGGCACUUGUCAAGUAUGUGAUGAGACCGCUCAUGCGUGCGGAAAACUUGUUAUGUCGUUCACUUUCUAUAGGUUGUACAUCGGCUUAGCUUUGCGCUUGAUAUGACUCGUGGCCCAAACAAUACGGUGUGCCAUCCUUGCUACAUAUACCGGGAAUCCUAGUAUCUCUAGGCGUCUUGGGCCUGGAGUAAGAGGUUUGUGCGGUAAUUGCAAACUUGCUGCAAAGAAACUGGGCGGCGGCAGUCCUAUUCCAUUCUUGCAUGCUUUUGGUUGGCAUCCGCACAACCAAUUUGGCAACUUUCCCUCCAUAACAUAACAUGUGUAUGCUCCCGUACAAGUCGAUCUCUUUAUGUGAUGAAGGGAACGUUCGCCGUACAAUAUGGAAACGCAUGUGUCGUACGUACGGUGUUGGUUUCCUAGUUUGCAUGGAGGGAGAGAUCUCGGUUGUUGCGCGAAAGGUUGUGCAUAGGGUAAGGUUUGGCUGGAUUUGCCCAUGCCAUUUCCUGUAGACACAAGGUCCAGACAAUGCCAAGAAGUGUAAGCCUGGCGGUUUCAAUCGGGAUAUUGCAUCGCACGCACUAG